UUGCCGUACUUGCAUGUAAACGGAAAGCGACCGUAACCGAGUUCACCAUGGCUGAGUGCACGACGUUAGACAGCCUUCUGGAGAUGGGAUUCGACAGAAACAGAGCGGAGAAGGCUGUGGCAUACACUGGGAACCAGGGGAUUGAAAGAGCUAUGGACUGGUUAAUGGAACACGAGAAUGAUCCAGAUAUAGACGAACCUUACGUACCGCCAACAGAAAACGUUUUGGGUUCAGCAGCUGGAGAACAGAGUCCAUCACAACCUUCUGAAUCCACUGAAUUGUCAGCUGCUGAGGUUGACUUAGAAGAAGCUUCCAAACGACCAAUGACAGAGGAGGAGAAGAGGGAGCAGAUAAAACGAUUGGAGGAGUUGAUGAGGGUUAAACAGGAGGAGAGAAGGGAGAGGGAGCGAAAAGACGAGGUGGAGAGAGAGAAGCAGAGGAGAAAGCAGGGGCAGGAGCUCCUGCAGAUCAAACAAAAGCUUCAGGAUGAUGAAAUGAAGAAGCUGGCAGAGCAGCGCAGGAGAGAGAAAAUGGAGGACCGUAUGGCCAGACAGCGGGUUAAGGAGAAGAUUGCACGUGACCGAGAGGAGAGGGCACAGAAGUUUGGAGGAGGCUCUUCAGGCACGACCGCAUCCUCUCCUCCGUCUGAUGCCGCUCCACUAUCGCCGCCUGGCAACCAGGGACCUCCACCACCCAAGAAAGACUACGAUGAGUGUCGGAUACAGAUCCGUCUGCUGGAUGGCUCCGCGCUGACGACUACCUUCAAGGCCCAGGAGCCUCUAGCUGCCGUGAGGGUCUAUGUACAGAUGAAUGGAGCGGACGGGCAGGACUUUAACUUGCUAUCCCCAUACCCCCGUCGCGUCUAUACUGACCUCGACAUGGAGAAACCUCUACGGGAGCUAGGUUUGGUGCCUUCUGCUGUCCUUGUGGUUGCCAAGAAGUAAAGAUGAAGACAUAUUGUAAAGAGAAAGAAAAAAAAAAAAGCUCUUCCACGCCAUUGACACCAAGACCCAUAGGAGAGUGAGACUGGAGUUUCAACAGUGGACUGAAUUUGCUUUUAUAAAAACACACUAUGAGCCUAAUCUGAGUUGAUCAAUAUUUGAUGGGUAGUACUAGAAACCUUCACGUGUUCUAACUUAAAGCUCAGCUGAGUUUUCACAAUUGGAAAGGAAGGAGUUUUUCGGUUGAGCUGACCAGGUGGAUUCUACAUUUUUUUGCUGCUUUGGUUUGUUAUGUUUGAAAUAAACAAACUCAAAAUUACAUGGCCUUCACCAUCAUCGAAACAGCACAUUCAACCAAUCAAAUAGCUAGAUCUUAAUCACAAGUUGAGCUUUAAACUGGUUUGUUUGUGUAUAUUGUACUCUAAAAUGAACAGGUGCAAAUUAGCAGAGAGUCAUUGUCCAGGGAUAACAAAUUUUGGCAUACAAACAUUUUUAUUCAGUUAAGUGUUGGGGGGGAGGGGGGACAUAUGCAAAAGACAUUUGGGAUAAAAAUGUUUGUUAUCCAACAUUUAAAACAGUGCGUAGGUCAAGUUUAUGCAAAUGUGUCUUAAUGUGUUGACUGAAUCUGAGUUUUGCACUCAGUCUUAAAAUACAUUUGAAUGACAUUUGUGUAACGGCUGAGGAGUGAUGCGAAAGGUAACAGUUGUGGAUGAAAUGUCAGAGUUUCUCCAAUAAACCAUAAAAAAAAAGGUUUAAUAUUUUGUUGGCUCCAGCCAAAUA